GAUUAUCUAUAAUAGAAAAUUAUCUAAAACUUUGAACCACUUUGUGUAAUAUCUAUUUACAUUCAAUGUGUUUAAAGUGCAUGAUAAAUUGGUUAAGCUAUUUGGCGUGCAUUUACAAAAACGCUUCAUGUACAGUGUAUAUUUUUAACAAUACGAUUACCUGAUUACCUGGUCAAAUUUCUUUACGUACUCGGACAGUAAAAUAAAUGUUAAUAUAAUUGUGAUUUUAUAAUUCAGUCAUAUUCAGCUCCAGAUCCACUGCAUCAAAAGUAUCACUGUGCUAACGUAACAUCGGUGAGGAUAUCUUAACACAACAAAGGUAAAGCCGGAAUGAAUAUUGGUACAUGUCAAUGACAGUGGUACAAUAUGCAAACGCGAAAGCCAGAACUGGUUGAGAUGGAAUCAAAGAAAGAAGCGCUGUUGGCUACUCCUGAAACACAUUUGAAACUACAUCACAAGCAUAGACUGAACAAACGAAUACUUGGUUUAGCAAUAUGCGUUAUAACUGUGCUCGUUAUAGCGGCGGUAGUCAUUCUUGCUGUGUACCUUGGUGCAAAACCGUCCAAAGAUGGUGCUGAAAAGGAUUCCUGGCUAGUGUUUUCCUCCAACAACAGUAUAUUCGUAGAGGAAAGAAUGGUUGUGACAGAGACAGAUGUGCUGAUCAAUGUUUUCAAUAGUGUGGCAGUUGUAUACGACUAUAAAAAUGAGAUGGUAUUUGAAAGAUAUAUUGACUCACGUACAAGCACUAAAUCAGCAUGCUUUUCAAGAAAAAUGAACAUCACCCAAGUACCUGGCAAACAUUUGGAACGAUACAGAAAGGCAGGAGAGAUAAAGUUACGAAAACUUUCUACACAAAUUGCUUCAGAAACGGAGGUGUGGGAGUUCACAUCUAAACCACUUGCGAAAGAAAUUUGGCAAAAUAGUCCAGACAAUGUCCACACAUUAUGCGAUAAGUCGAAUAUUUACAUCUCUGAAAAGGUGUCUGGUACGCGAAACAAAUUGUGCACGUCACCAGAUCAUACAUGGAUGUGUUUUGAGAAUACCAUUUACCCGUGCGUUACGUCAUGUGUCCAUGAAUACCACUGCGGGAUAAAGGAUCACGUGAGCACGAGAGACAUACAUUGGUAUUGUCAGGAGAGUUGUAACCAUAGAAACAGUCACACUUAUUGUUGUUAGUUUAUACUAAUUUAUUUUAGUUCGAUUGUGAUGAAAGCUUCAUGCGUAUUUGAACCGCUCUCCUCGAGAUUCCGCUUCCUGGAAAAAACAUUAAAGGAAGGCAUUGUCAGGACCCUAUUGCUAGAACAACAGUGUUUCAAAAUAUUAAGAAACACUAGCAUUUUUGUCUAAGUCUACUGAGUGGCAUAAAUUGUAAUUGUUUUAUAUUAUUUUAUCGUGUUAACUAGACUCAACAUUUAAGUUUAUAUUUCAUUUUACUUUUAGUUCACGACAUAAUGUUGUCCGGGUUGUACUAUGUUGUACAACAAUUAAGCAUAAUAAUGAUAUUUCAUGGUACAUUUAACUACUCUUCGCAUAUUUACAUGGCGAUGUACACCUUGCGACAUCUGCUAGGAAAUUCAAUUCUCAAUUACUUAGGUAGUCUUGCUGAACACGUCUGUGAACGUAAUAAAUACAUUUCUAAUAAGCUGCGUAGACACAUUACAAAAUUUCAUCAUAAUUACUCCGAUUUGGUUUUAAAUUGAAUGUAAAAGAAACCUCUGCGAGAAGGUAUAUGUUAUAACCGAGUCAUGCAGAUUUUCAGUGUUCAGUAAAAUUAUGAAAUCAAAUGAAAGUUAUCAAAAGAGGUUUUUAGACACACCGCAUGUUUGAUAUGUUAGAUGCUGCGUUUUCCUUAUUGACUGUGUCAUACGAUCCAAGAAGUGUAGGUCUUAAAGCCCACUGAGCUGCUUUUAUGGGGAAUUGUUCGAGUAAUUUGUGUAAGUACUACUCGUGUAAACAUCUGAAUAUAUACUGCAAUAUAGUUUCGCUUUGAGGGGUUAUGUUCCUGUUUGAUUGACAAUGUAUAAUAAAAAAAAAGUGUAAAUGAAACAAAACAGAAAAACAACGUACCUGUAAAAGACCCUUAGUCGGCUACGAAUAGCGUACGAAACGAACAGAGCUUUGUUAGGCAAAGAUUAGAUAGCGAUAGGCACAAUUCCAGAACGCAACUUCUUCAAAAAGAAUCCUACAACAGUGUGUAUAUAUAUAUAUAUGGAGGAAUAUAUGAUUGAAAUAUACACAUAAAUAAAUGGACAAGGCAAACCAGAUAGACAGCAUGGACAAAACGAACAAAUAAAGAAACACAGUGGGGCAUAUCUCCUUGGAACGGUCAUUUUCAAAAACACGACUUAGAAGUUUAAACCAGCUAUUGUACAUAAGCCCUCUUCCUAAAUCCCACCAUUUUCCAAAAUUACAGGACAGGGUAAAUAAUUGAUCUCCGCCAGGUGGCUCCCUUAUGCAGGAAAUGGUAAUUGUAAUGAAAGGUACGAACGUGCUGGUGUAAAUAUAUAUAUAAAAUGAACUCAUUAGUAAAAAUCACAAAUAACAAGUCGUAUUAUUAGACGAAAUAUUUUUUUCUGAUCUUCUAGAAAGACUUAAUGAUUCGUUCCUCUUCUUUAAAUCAUAAUGUUACUAAACUGAAAUAUUUCCAGUCAAGUACAUGUUUCACUAAUAACUUAGGCAUGCAUUUCUCGGAAGUAUAUAUAAUUCGUGUACUUUAUAACUUGUUUUGUGGUAGGGAAGUUAUAAUGCAUUAUGACACAUUAUUCUAUGAUUUAAAAGUAAUAUUCAGAUGUAAACGCACUCAUUAUAGAGGAUGUAUGUGCAUUUACCGAAAUCCUGUCACGUGAUCUUGUUCUCAAAAACAUGUUGUUCUACCGGACGUUGUGUCUCAAAUAAGGUAACAACAAAAUGUUUGUUGACGUUCUACACCAAAAGCUACCGUAAACUAGUUUAAAAGUUAUACAAGUAUUCAAUUCGUGUGCAUUUUAAUUAUAUGACAGCAUAAAACUUUUAUUCUUAUAUUGUUUUGACUUUAAUGUCAGUGUUUUAAAUUCCAAGUUUUAAUUAAACACAGAUAAAUAG